AUGUCCGCCGCAUCUUACUACGACAAGGCCGCCACCCAAGAGGAGACCUCUCACCUCUCAUCGACCUCUGGACAGCAACCCGGCCCAAUGCAUUCCGGCACGCAGAGCUACGGCCAAGACAUGCGCGAAGGCAUGAACGAGCAACAGCAGCAGCGUGGUGUCCCUCAAGAGGGCUACAAUCAGCAGAGCGGUAAUGGCAUCUACAAUGGACAGGAGCCGAACAUGGGCAACACCAACUAUGCGCAGGGUGCUCAGCAGAUGAACGGCAACAACAACUAUGCGCAAGGUGCUCAACAGAUGGAAGGCAACGGAGCACAGGGAGCUGUGGCCGAUGAUAGAGACACUAUUACCAAAUGUAAUGAUAAUCCGCCAGACUACAAGAAAAAUGAUAUCAGGAACUCUCUCUUUGAUAAAUAUAUGUUCGAUUAUGUUGUCAAACGAUUUGAUUGCACGCGCUGGCUUGCCACUGACCGACGCAGUACAAAUAUCACUUUUCUAAUCUGUUGCUUUGUGUCUACAAUAGUGCUAGACAGGAUCGAGAAGAAGUUCGGUGGCGAUCGCUUCAACAAUCCUGAGAACGCGGAGAAGAACAAGGAGUUGAAUGCCAACAUUCUCAAGAGGGUGAAACAAGUUAUGGGGAUGGUGAUGCGAGUACUGUCACUAUCGUUGCAACAAGGCGCGUCGCUGACAAUAUGCAGGCAGAGGGGCCCCGGCAUGCUGAUGAAUAUGGUGAAGUGA